AUGCCCUCGGCACAGCGUUCGUUUGGGGUUCUCGCAAUGUCGCAAUGGGCGGCAAUGCUUGAAGCGAACAAGGAAAAUAUUCCAUACCCAUUGGAUAUGGUCGUUCCAAAACCUACGGUAUCCGGGAUUCGGGAGACGGCUGUACCGGAGAUUGGAGUGGAUGUAGUUACUGCCGUGCAUUCCGUUCUACCGUCCUCACCACUCUCACAAAAAUCCAACGUAUCAGUGCAAAGUCAAGAAUCAUUAUCGGACUCACCGCAUGUUUUGGGCAUGACCACAUCGACGUCAAGACGUGAAUCCAGUGAUGAGCUUGAUGUUGAGAGCGAAGACGGCGAAGUGACAUCACGUAAGGAAAAAAGCCUUGGAUUACUAUGCCAAAGAUUUCUUAUCGCCAUGAACGAAGAGACACGAACAUCCAUGACCCGAGAAGUGCAUCUUGAAACUGUAGCGAGGAAAAUGAACGUAGAGAAACGUCGGAUCUAUGAUAUCGUGAACGUCAUGGAAGCGUUAGAUGCGAUGAGCAAAACAAACAAAUCCUACUAUAGAUGGCAUGGUUUGGAGGGAUUACCGAAACUUAUGGCUGAUCUACAGAAAGAAGCCGUUGAGGAGCGAUUACCUGAGCGGGUACUUCGUGUGGAACAAGCUAUGUGCUCAUUUACCGAGUUGUCACCUGGCAGUCGUAAAGCUGGCACAAAAGAAAUUGUUGGAACAUUAAUUGGUGAAGAUGAUGCUCCCUCCUCUUCGAAUUUGUCCUGUGAUCACAAUAAUUCGUUUCAGAGUAGUGAGAAACGAUCCAGAGUGGAUGGUCGAGAUCGGCAAGGGCGAAACUCGCUAGCGCAACUCUGUAGACGCUUUCUCAUGGUGCUUUUAAGCAAUCCAAAGAACACAAGACGGGUAAGCUUGGAUGUGGCUAGUACGGUUCUUAUCAAAGAUCCGGAAACAGAGGGAUUUGAGCCGCCAAGUCGAAGUCGAUGUCGAAGACUCUAUGACAUCGCUAAUGUUCUAGUCGCUCUUGGAUUAAUCAAAAAGGUCCAUUAUCUCUUCGGUACUAAGAAAAUUCCAUUAUUUGUUUACUGCGGUCCAGAACCAGAUGAAAAUUCCAAAUUUGAUGUAAAUGCUUGCAUUGAGAGGCUUUUGGCAUCCAGUGCUUCUACUCCACUCACACCACAAAUGAAGGCAACCACCGCUGCAAUGCAGCAAUCACUGUCUUUAGGAAAGAGGAGCAAUUCUGAAGCAAAUCUUCGGGUUCCAAUAUCUCAAAAGAUGCCUCGAUUAAGAUCAGAGGAUUUUGUCACACAAGCAUCGUCAUCACUGAUGAUGUUCGCUGAACUUGCAGCUGAACGUCUUCGUCAAGAGACUGAUCUACGACAGAGAACCUCAUCUGGCCCAGCUGGGACUGCUGCAACUUCCCCAUCUACAGCAGAAUCCGUUGUUCCAUUGAUGCGACCAAGUAGUGGAAAUAUUUUGCCUAAACCACAACCUAAGCGUUCCUACGGGAACUUUUCGGUAUCACCUUUGAGUUCGCCAAUGAUUGGCACGAGGAAGUAUACCGUAAAAGUUGGAAACUCGUACCAUAUGUCCUCACUUCCGCUCACAGGAUUGUCACCGAUUGUUCUGCCUACCACGCCAGUCUGGACGCCGGCUGCCUUCCCAGAUUUCAUGCGGUCGCCAUUGGGAUUGCCGAGAGCUAGCGGUCCAUUGAUACCACAGCCAAUCAAUAAAGUUCCAGUGGUCCAAACACCAAAGCCUGCUGUAAAACACACUGUCACAAAUAUUCUUGGAGUCUCUAACAAAGUUAACAUUGAUCCUUUAAAUCAUCGCAACUCUUCUCCGUUUCAAGUGGUUAGAAAGGAUAAUAGCACAAAACAACCAUUCGGGUCUUUGCACAAUAUUCCGAACAGUUACUAA